AUUCCCUUCAUUGACCUUUGAAUUUUCUCUUUCUUUUCCACUUUUAGUCAGAAAUGGCUCACGCUCCCAGAAACAGCUUCAUCGCUCCUGGCGUCAGCCGCUACAGUCGCUCUGCUGUCUAUGCCAAGAAGGCAUUGCACAAGCACCCCAAGCCUGCUGUCAAGGCUGCUGACAAGUCUGCUGCUGCUGACAAGACUGUUGAACUUAAGGGUGGUCAAAAGCGUGUUGUCCCUGCCAACAAGGCUAGCCGCUUCUACCCCGCUGAGGAUGUUCCCCAGCCCAAGAAGUCUCGCAAGGCCCCCAAGGCUGCUUCCGUUCGCAGCAGCAUCACCCCCGGAACUGUCCUUAUCCUUCUCGCUGGUCGUUUCCGUGGUAAGCGUGUUGUUUGCGUCAAGAACCUUGAGUCUGGUCUCUUGUUGGUCUCCGGCCCCUACAAGAUCAACGGUGUCCCAUUGAGACGUGUCAACCAGGCUUAUGUCAUUGCCACCUCCACCAAGGUUGAUCUUUCCGCUGCUCAGAUUGAUGAGAAGUUCAACGAUGCCUACUUCACCAAGAAGACUGUCAGCAACAAGAAGGGUUCUGAAGAGGAAUUCUUUGAGGGUGAGCAAAAGAAGAAGGUCUACCCCGAGACCAAGGCCAACGACCAAAAGAACGUUGACAAGGCUCUCCUUGAAGCCGUCUCCAAGGUCCCCCACCUCCGCCAAUAUCUUGCCUCCACCUUCAGCCUCAAGAAGGGUCAAUUCCCCCAUCAACUUAAGUUCUAAGUUAGACGGUGACGGCGCUGUUCUUGUUUUUCUUUCUUCCCAACACAUUUGUGUUUGUCCGACGUGUGUUGUAACCAAAAAUCGGGCAAAUCAAUAAAACAUAAAAAGGUUAUGAGAAGGGUGUUUGUGAGACUGGAAGAAUAUGACGGCAAGGAGGGUUUCAAAAUAUGAUAAAGUCAUGCAGCACACAGCAUGUUAAAUAACGAUACCGAGAUCUAUUCAACCAUAUACUCAUCAAGCACUGGAUAAACAAGGUUUUAGACAAAAUAUGUAUUAACAGUUGUACGCAAACAAUCGUUCGCAUCAUGUACGGAAAAAAUCAUUGGUCAUGCAGUGG